AUGCCAGGCGCAGUCGCAGGGAAUCACUCCCACCGGGCCACGACCAAGGUGUCGCACAAGGCAUUCAAAUCCCGGAAAUCCACCAAGGGUCAGCUGCGUGAUGCCGCAAAAGGGCGAAUUGCGGGCGAAAAGGGACAGCGCAAAACCCCCCACCAACAAGUUAUGUCGAAACUCGACCGUCGAAACCAGGCCAAGCAGCGGCAGCUGGAGAAGGCCCGAGAACAUCUGAAGGAGACGUCCGUUUUUGCCGGGAAAGAUGGCGCCCCACGACACGUCGCCGUCAUCCCCCUUUGCGCCGACACCGAUGCCGCGGCCGCCAUCCAGAGCCUAAACGGGAGCCUCGACAUCGAAGCCGAGGUGCACGAUACCUGUUUCCGCGUCCCGGUCGACAGGUUCAAGCAGAAGCUACAGUACAUUCCCCUCAAGAGGGAUCUCACGGCGUGCCUGGAUGCUGCUCGGACGGCCGACUUCAUCGUACUUGUGCUCUCUGGGGAAGUCGAGGUCGAUGCGCUGGGAGAAUUGAUUCUCAGGAGCAUCGAGAGCCAGGGAAUGUCGACGCUCUUCACCACCGUCCAAGGCUUGGACAGGAUUGAGGCUGUUAAACAACGGCUCUCUGUGGUGGCUUCGCUUAAGUCGUUCAUCACCCACUUCCACCCCGAGCAGGAGAAGAUUUACAACCUGGACAACCGACAAGAGUGCUCCAACUUGAUGCGGUCAUUAUGCAGCACCACGCCCAAGGGAGUUCGGUGGAGGGAUGAACGGAGCUGGAUGCUGGUGGAGGAUGUGGAGUGGGCAAGGUCAGGAAUGGCGCCGACCGUUUUGACGGGUGUGGUUAGGGGCAAGGGCUUGAAUGCCGAUCGGUUGGUGCAAGUGGGAGACUGGGGCACAUUCCAGAUCGAGAGGAUUACUGCGGCGCCCCUUGCGACACGGAAAAAGAGGGCGGAAGAUGCGAUGGAGGACGACAACGCGGAGGAACAAACGCUCCUCGAGCCAACCGACGAGCGCGAUGGCCUUGACGACCUUGCGCCUGAAGAAGCGGCCGCUAUGGAGGACGACGAUGAAGAUAUGGACGCUGCGACUAAUGUGACGACAUCUAAGAAGGGUGUUUUGUUAGACGAGCACCACUAUUUUUCCGACGACGACCAAGUUCAGGAAUUGCAGAUGCCGAAGCGGGUGCCGAAGGGGACCUCCAAGUACCAGGCGGCGUGGUUUUUGGAUGACGGGGACGUCUCGGAUUCCGGUUCCGAGUUGGAGGACGAAGAUAUGGGCGAUGUUGAGGAAGAGGAGGAUGAUGUGCGACCUGAGGAUGGAAUGGAGGGACUAGCAGGAGAUGCGAUGACGGAAGGUGGGCCAUCCGAGUACCCCCAAUCUGUGGCUUUCAUUGAGCCAAACGAGGAGGAGGACGCCAUGGCGCUUGAAGCCUUCCGGAAAAACAAGAGGACAGAAGCCGAGGAUGACCUGGAGUUCCCGGAUGAAAUCGAGCUUCACCCUGGCGUCCUAGCCCGGGAGCGGCUCGCCAAGUACCGCGGGUUAAAGAGCCUGAGGUCGAGCCCAUGGAUGGAGAACGAGGACCGGGCGUAUGAGCCGGAAGAGUGGCAGCGGCUACUACGGGUACCCGAUUAUCAAGGAUCUCGGAACCGGUUAGCUCGCGAGGCUCUGGUGGGCGGAGUAGCCCCUGGGACUCGAGUACACGUUUACAUCAAGAACGUGCCUGUCUCGAUCCAAAAGACGUACGACCCCACCCGACCAAUCACCCUCUUCUCACUUCUGCGGCACGAGCAGAAGCGGACAGCCGUCAACGUCCUAAUCAACCUCAGCUCGGACCAUCCGGUCUCCAUCAAGGCUAAGGAAGAGCUCAUCGUCCAGUACGGUCCCAGGCGAUUCGUAAUCAACCCCUUAUUCUCCCAAGGCGGUUCCACACCCAACGACGUACACAAAUACGCUCGGUACCUACACCCAGGCCAAUCAGCCGUCGCGACCUUCAUGGGCCCCAUCACCUGGGGUUCCAUCCCCGUUCUCUUCUUCAAGCGCACCGUCCCCGGCGACCACCACGAUGCCAUGGAAGGCGAAGACGGCGAACAAGAAGGCCCCGCCCUUCCCCUGACACUCGUGGCAACGGGCACGACGCUCCCGCCCUCCACCACACGCGUGAUCGCCAAGCGGGCUAUUCUCACGGGUCAUCCGUACCACAUCCACAAGAAGAUUGUCACGAUCCGGUACAUGUUCUUCAACCGUGAGGAUGUGGAGUGGUUCAAGGCACUUCCGUUGUGGACGCGGCGGGGGCGCAGCGGGUACUUCAAGGAAGCACUCGGUACGCAUGGGUACUUUAAGGCGACGUUUGAUGGGCGGAUCAACCCACAGGACUCGAUCGGGGUGAGUUUGUAUAAGCGGGUGUGGCCUCGGAAUGCGAGGCCGUUGGAGGGGUUGUUGCUGGACCCUGCGCUGGUGCCGGCGGUGCAAGAGGGCGGUGAUGCGAUGGAUGCGGAUAUGGAAUAG